UGGACCCUGCUGCGCCACGCCGCCGCCCGCCGCCUCUUUCGGCCAUUUGGGAAAUGGUGUAACCUGCGGCCGAAGGAUGCUGCCAAGAUGCCAGAGAGUGCCUGGAAGCUGCUCUUCUACACACUGUCCUGGUCCUACGGCACCUACCUGCUCUUCUUCACUAACUACCCCUUCUUCUACGACCCACCCUCCGUCUUCUACGACUGGAAGAGUGGUAUGGACGUGCCCACAGACAUUGCCAUCGCCUACCUGCUGCAGGGCAGCUUCUAUGGGCACUCCAUCUAUGCCACCAUCUACAUGGAUGCCUGGCGCAAGGACUCAGUGGUCAUGCUCCUCCACCACGUGGUGACGCUGACCCUCAUCACCUUCUCCUAUGCCUUCAGGUACCAUAACGUGGGCAUCCUCGUCCUCUUCCUGCACGACAUCAGUGAUGUGCAGCUGGAGUUCACCAAGCUCAACGUCUACUUCAAGCACCGGGGUGGAGUCUGUCACCGGCUCAAUGACAUCAUCUCUGACAUUGGCUGCCUCACCUUCAGUGUCAGCUGGUUCUGGUUCCGCCUGUACUGGUUCCCCCUCAAAGUGCUGUAUGCCACCUGCCACUGCAGCCUCCAGUCCAUCCCCCACAUCCCCUUCUACUUCUUCUUCAACGCCCUGCUCUUCGCCCUCACCCUGAUGAACAUCUACUGGUUUCUGUACAUCGUCCUGUUCGUGGUCAAGGUGCUGACGGGGCAGAUGCAGGAGGUGAACGACAUGCGCGAGUAUGACAUGGAUGACAGCAGGAAGGCACUGGCACCCAGGAAGAAAAACAGCAACUUCCAGCUCCCCAACGCCUUGAAAGAAGGGAUGCACCUGAAGAAUGGACUGGUGAAGGACAAGCAGUUAUAAGGGAACUGCAGACGCUGCAGCCUGGCUGGCUCUGGGACUAACCUGGGACCCUUCGC